AUGAUUCGUUCGAUCUUAUUAUAUCGCUCUGAGACGUGGCUAGUGAGAGUGGAGGAUAUUAAGAACUUAUCUGUCUUUGAUCACUCUUGUCUAAGCAAGGACGAAGAACGUUAUCGUAAUGGGACUGGUGUAGCUUUAUGUUCAAUGGCUGCUGCUGAUUUAUGUUCACUUCUUCUUAUAUUGUCACAAAACAUCAUGCAGAUAUAUUCAAAUUUCGACGACGAUACUUUACUUAUGGGCAUUGUUUGUAAGGUUAUGUUAUUUAGUACUCAUACAGUAACAAGUAUAUCGAUAUGGUCUUGGCUCUUAUUGUCAACUUUACGCUAUUUGGCUAUACGACAUCCCUUAUUUCAUUUGCGUCUAUGGCAAAUGCCUUAUCGGGCAUUGGCCUGCAUUGUUAAAGGUUUUCAUUAUGAUGUCACCAAUGGAUAUUGGCAAGAGAAUACUACGAGUAUUAAAGGAGUAUUUGAGGAAGAAUUCUCAGUAAGUAGAAUUAAACACGAGGGGCGCUAUAGCUUGAAGAUUAAUAUUAAGGCUGUAAAAAGUAAGUUGAAUCCCCUUCGAGGUCUGAAACUUUUAGAGGAAGAAUUCUCAUUAACAUCUGCCGUACUAAAUUUGUGGCUUCUAAUUGCUGUUCAUUCGUCAACAACUGGAUGCGUUCAAAUGCCAUUAUUUGAUACGUUGGCAACGAAUCGUCUUUUUCAUUUAAUUGAAUCAUUAUGGUCAUUCACUGUGCCGUGCAUUAUGAUAAUUUUAAUGGACACUUUGGUCAUAAUGAAAAAUUUGUUAGCGCUUUAUCUUGCUAAACUAAUUGAGCAUAUUAAAUCUCCAUUUACUACACCACCUUUCAAAAUGUUUACAGCAAAAAACAAAAGGAAGACUAAAUCCGAACGAAUUAAAAAAUACCGCCGUCUCCUUAAAAUGCUCUUUGAAGAAAAGCAAACACUUUUAGCUACAUAA